UGAUGUUCAUAUCCUUGCAUAUAUAAAUAUGUUGUAAUAUCCAGUACCCACCACUAUCACUGGGAAUCUCUGUGGCUGAUUAAAUAUUUUGCAUCAGUGUAUAACUGUAUAUCAUUGUACCCACAUCACCCACGGCAAAGAUUAGAUUGAGGGCCUAGCGACUAUUAUAGUAUUUCAAGUAUGGCAGCUGUGGAGUAUGUGUACGAAGCGCUCAAUGCCGAUAACUUGGAGCCAGCAUUGCGAGCAUGCGCCGACGUCUUCGCGAAGGACGAGCCAUUGGCUGUACAUGUAGGUUCGACCACAUCAGAGAUAGUUGAUUUUACACGCCCAAUCUAUGAGAUGAUUGUAAAGAAUGACUGUAAAUUAUCACAGGUUGUCAGAUUCGGUGUUGAGGGACCGGUUGCUGCCGUAAUGAUAGUGUAUAACCAGGAGCAGCUAAACCAACUGGACGAGGCCUACUUAGCUUCAGUAACAAGCGAUAGUGCAGCCGUGGUUUCGGGGUGUCUACAUAGUCUGGAAGAAAUAUUUCUAAAGAUGUUGCCUGAGAAGUUAGGUCGAGAUGUACCUUUGAGUAAGGUGGCAUAUUGCAUGAUGCGCUCUGUGACCCCAGAACACCGAGGUAAAGGGUUGGCAAAAGUAAUGCAUGAACGGAUGUUAAAUACCGCACGAACGGAGGAUUAUGUGGCACUCUAUUCUAAGACAACUAAUGUGCGAAGCAAGUCGCUUGUACAACGUCAAGGAGGAAUGGAAUGGGACUGUGUGAAGUACGGAGAGUACACAGACGAGAAGGGAAACAAGCCAUUCGCCAAUAUGGAUAUGAAGCUUGGCAAUGCUGCCACUUUGAUGGUGACCAUACUUGAUACCUAAUACGGUACGUGAUCUGUUAAGCAGAUUAUAACUUUUAUACGGACGAUAUGAAGCACCCGCACAGUCGCUUUUGAAUCUUGUACCAUUCCUCCUAUACAGGACAGUGAAAAAUAUGUCGAUUGUGACAGACAUACAUACACAAAACUGGUACAUAUUUAGACAUUUAAACAUACUUUUCUUCUCGCAUUUAUAGUCAGUCAGAUUGCCCACGGAACUGAGAUAAGCCAACUUACUCUACAGCGCACGAUUCGUAACAUUAGUAACUAAUAUGAUACUUGGUGGUAAAUAAACCUAAACUUUCCUAUCUGAGAAUAUCAAUGGCGCCACUAUUGCUUACUAAACUACGAAUUGGUGAAAGUUUGACCAAACCCAAUAGAACAUAAAUACAAGAAAAAGAAGCAAAGCCAUUAGGUAUUAAAUAAUGACUAAUUUUUACUCCAGAGCGCUUAAGCAAGUCGCCUAUGUACAGAGCAAGCUUCCGCCUUGCCCACAUCUCUUAUCAAUAUAUAUAUAUAUUCGUAGCAUAAUUUAAGCAGCAAUAGCACCAGGGAUAGCCUCCUCAGUCUCAGCCUCAGGCUGCUUGGUAGCCUCGUUCAAAACAGGUGUCUCGGCCUUAACCGUAGGCUCGGUGGUGUCUGCAACGGUCUCAGUUGUCUCUGUAGACUUCUUCACCUUGGAAUCCUCUGUGGCGGCAGAAGUCUCUUUUACAGCCUCCUUUGUGUCCUUUGUGGUCGUCUUCGUCUUCGUGGGAGCCGAAAAUGCCUUACGGAUAGCCUCUACACGCUUUCGGUUGACACCAAAGUCACUCCUGCCAACACGGCUCGCUGCUCGCACGUGCAAUACCUUGGCUUCAGCAUCAGCUAGGAACUCGACAUCAUCUACGAACUUCAUGAUGUAUGUAGUGUAUGUGUAGUGCUGGUAUGACUUGGUAGCGGUCUUUGCCACUAGAUGACCUUUUUGUCCAAUGACAGAAGCAAGGUGAGCGAGAGCAUCAACCGUAGUCUCUUGGGUAAAUGCGAUGGGCUCAAUGAAGUGCUGCUUGUCCGCAGCAGGGCACAUGCUUGAAACGCAGUUAGGCGUCUUGGGAACGGCCUUUAAUGUGUUGCCUUCAUGCACACCUAUAUCAGUUGGCAUCUUUCCGACCAUGAUGAUUUUAAAUAGACUUUGUUAGUAACUUUUAUGCAGCUGUUGUUUAUGAUUGAAGUAAGUAAAUGAGUGACAUAUAAAACAAUUCCGGCAUUAUAUAUUACAAUGAGCACCGCGCAAUAGUUCUCACAAAUACGUGGUAUCAUUUGUAUUUAUCAUACUCGCGUCAUGUGGCCAUCCCGUGUACGGUUUAUUCCGUAUAGACAAAACAAACUUUUGAUAAUAUUUUUAUAUAAAAUACUAAUAAU